ACGCGUUGUUUGGAAAUGGUGGAAGCAAGAUCAAAAAUGCACUUAACAGUUACACUUAUACUGUCUAUACUUUAAACAAUGCGCCAAUAAAAACUAUCAGAUAAAGAUAUCGGCGUAUAAAAUAACUAUAGGCCUACAUUUAUAUAUAUUUAGUACAUUAGCAUAUGCAUAUUUAAUAAUAUUUAUUUAACAAUAGUUUCCCUUGAAAUUGAAACUUAAUUAAUGCUUUAGAAAAUAUUAAAAUAAAAGCUAAUCAUAGGUUUUUUAGUAUCUAAUUUAAAGCUAGUUUUUAACUACUUGAAACUAUAGUAUUCACUAUUCAUUCGAUUAUGCUAGCUUGAAUUAGCUACUCAAAAAAAUAAACACAAUGAUGCGCAAAGAAAAUGGAUUACUAUCAAACUAUGACAGUUUAGCUGAUACUAAUUUGUCUGCUUAUUUUACAAGGCCUCAUAUACGCAAACAUCUGCUUAAAGCUGGUCUUAUAACCAAAGAUGGUUACAUAAUAUCGAAAGAAGACUACAGAAAAAACAUGGCAAAAAAGGAGUAUUUGCAAAUCUUACAACCAAUGCUGGCCCAAACCUUGUUUAAACAGACACUUCAUCUUGAGAGAAUUCGGCAAGCUGAGAUUAAAGCCAAGUUGGAAGUUUUUGCAAAAAUGGAGAGUGCUAGAAGUAGAAGAUUCAAAUCAGCGCGUGAAACUGACAGAGAUGGAGAAGUACAGCCCGUUACCAGAACAAUUUAUGCUCCUGUAUAUUUACACAUUCCCCACACUACAAUAUGUAGAGACAGAGCCAUCAGUGCACAACCAACACAAUGUAGAAGGUCCACUUCUGCGCAUUCUUCUAACUGUAAUAAUGAGAAGCUUGAUGUGUCUGAUGCAGAUGAAGAAACUCCAGGUCAAAUAGCUCAAGUCAAAGUCCACAAUGGCAAUUUAAAAAUAAGUAAACAGCUACGCCAGUUAGAAAAGAGAUCUGUAGAAAAAAUCAAUACAUUGGUUGUUGCCAAGUUUAAUCAAAGACAUGGUCGAAGCAGUAUGGUUUCCCCGUACCUUCAACCUCUUGUUCUACAAAAAUCACAGAAAACGAGCGAUGCCUCACACCACAGCCGACACUCCUGUAAACAUGCUACAGAUUUGCUCCCCCCUGAUGUCUCAAGUGUUAUAAAGUCAGGUCCAACAGAGUUCUUGUAUUUCAAUAGUAAUAUAAUAAUCUCGUAGCUUAUGAAAUCUGUCAAUUGUCUAAAAAUAUAUUGUAAAAUAUUACGUUCAAAUGUUAACAUGGUGAGAUUCCUCUGUUAUUUCAUCAAAUUCAGUCAAUUACAAAAAAAAAUAAUAAUAAUUCAAUCUUACAUAAUUAUGCCUUAUAUGUUAAAAUAUCAGACCUCUGUU